AAGUUCCGGAUAACAAUCUAAUCCAAUUGAAUCCAAAGGUUCGGGUGUCUUGAGAGUUGAGACUGUGUGUGAUGCUUUCAAGGUUGUUCCAGAACCCUGUCAAUGACAUCAAGCACGAGAACAGAUGAUGAUACAACAAAGAUUUGAGGAUUAUAACAUUAACAUGCAUGGAUUAACAACUCUCCUUCUUCCUCUCACUCUCACUCCCACUCCCAACACCUUGUUUUCUUCAUCAAGAUCUCUUCAACCAUCUUCAUCCCUCCAAAACCAUGAUUACCCAUCGAUUCCUUCCAUACCCAGUUGUAGAUUUAGCGUCGGAAGUGGUUUCAAUCCCCUGGUGCUCCAUUCACGCUGCUACAGCUUCAGGAAUCAUGAGAAGAAAGGGAGAGGAAGUGGCAAUAGAGUUAUGGUUGUGAAAGCAAGCCGCGGCGAGUCUCCCUAUCAAGUUUUGGGCUUAUCUCCAUCUGCAACUGUGGAUGAAAUCAAGAAGGCGUAUCGGAAACUUGCUCUCAAGUAUCACCCAGAUGUAAAUAAAGAGGAUAAGGCACAGGAAAAAUUUAUGAGGAUAAAACAUGCAUACAACACAUUGCUAAAUUCUAGUUCCCGCAGAAAAUAUGAUUCUGGAUAUAGUGGUGCUGAUUCUUCACAAAGAAGACAAAGUUGGAGUCCACAAGCUGAAGAAGAAUUUUAUGGAUUAGGUAAUUUUUUGAGGGAUGUUCAAAUAACAAUAGAGGACUUCUUUAGGGAUCUUCAAGAAGAAUUCAGGAACUGGGAAGCCAGUGCUGCUUCACAAGGAAAACCGAAGAGCCUAUGGGAGGAAUUGGCGGAAAUAGGAGAAGAAUUUGUUGAGUUCCUGGAGAAAGAACUAAAUGUUGUGGAUCCAAGUGACGGUUAUAACACGCCUCAGGGAGGAAAUCCAUCUAAAGUUUCUGGCGCAGAGACGUCAAACAACAACACUCAAGGUGAAGCUAGCAAAGGAAACAAAAGUGUUCAGGAUAACCUUGAUGAAAUAGAAGCCACUCUGGCCCAGUUAAAAAAGGAACUAGGCUUGUAGAACAGAGUGAUUAGCUUCCCCGCUCUUAUAUAGCACAAGAAUGUGAAGGCAUAUAUAUUUUUUGAUGGCUAUGGCGAGCUUAAGUCACCUUCACCAAAUUGAGUGACUGAACACAAGAUAUUCAUAGGGUUCUGAUGUUUUUCUUGCUGAACAUCCAUCAUCCAGCAAUAUUUAAUUGUUCAUUCAUUUUUUUUGGUGUUGGGUUGGGUGUUUAGAUUACUUAUCUAAAUGAAGAAACACUAUAAUCUUGGAUGUAUUUGGUGAGAUGAAACCAAAAGAAAUGUAGAGGGAUGAUGAAACUUGUUUGGUAUAUGACAUGUUUUCAUUCGUUUAGCGUCACUUUUUAUGUGUAGCUCGCACAUGAAACAUUGACAAGUGACUUGUAUUUCACUAUUUAUACAAGUUUAAAUGAAUCUUUUAUUCUAUUUUUUUUUUA